UGUUUUCUGUACAUCUGUAAUUUACUCAUAAUGAUAACGUAUCUGCAGGUGGCGCUGUACAUGAACGUGAGCGGGGAGGUGAAGUUUCACUGUGGAGGAGCGAUUAUAUCUCCUCACCAUGUGUUAACAGCGGCUCACUGUGUGACUGGAUGGCACAGCGACAGAUUUACAGCCGUCGCCGGCGCACACAACCUCGCUUUCCCCGAGGCAACUCAGGUUAGCAUUGGUAUUGCAGAGGUCAUGGUUUCUGAACUCUUCUACUGGGAGCCCAAUUCCGCAAUCCCGGUCAACGAUAUCGCACUUUUGAGGUUGGCAUCUCCUCUGUCCUUCGGCGAGGGCGUUGACGCCGUGCAGAUGCCAGACCAAGACGAGGACCCAUCGGUGGCCGACCAUUGCAUCGUGUCUGGCUGGGGUGCGCUGGAGGAAGGAGGCCCGGUGACUUCGGUGCUGCACGCUGUUGAUGUACCUGUGAUAGAUCAGCUGUACUGUGAGGAUUCGUAUCCUUAUCUCAUUGCCCCGACUAUGAUGUGUGCGGGUUACCCGACGGGUCAGCACGACGCCUGUGCGGGCGACAGCGGAGGCCCUCUGGU